AGUCUAAAGACAGCGGCAGCACAGCUCCUUCUUUUCAAUAUCACCAUGAAGCUGGUUAUCCUCAUCACCUUGGUGGCUGCUGCCGCUGCUGGUUUCUCCUCCUACAGCUACCCGUACCACCGGGGCUUCAGUGGCCUGAACGGCUUUGGCAACAUCGGAAGCAGCUUCGGCCUUCGCAGCGGCCUCGGCCUCGGUCAAAGAUUUGGCAGCGGCAUUGGGCUUGGUCGCGGAAUCGGUGGCUUCGCUGGAAUCGGUAGCAGACUCGGCCUUGGAUUCGGCAGCAGCUUUGGCCACGGCUUCAAUAGCCUGAGCGGCCUCGGAGGCCUGAACAGCUUCGGAGGCCUGAACAGCUUCGGUGGCCUGAGCAGCUUCGGUGGACUGAAUAGCUUCGGUGGACUGAAUAGCUUCGGUGGACUGAACAGCUUCGGUGGACUGAGCGCCUUCGGUGGCCUGAAUGGCUUUGGCAAUGGCUUCGGCAACUUCGGACUUGGCUUUGGCAGCAACUUUGGCGGCAGACUCGGCAGCAACUUUGGCGGCAGGGGAAGGUACGGAUGUCGUUACGGAUACCACUGCUAACCAUUAAAUCUUAUCGCGUGAUAUAGCUCGAUUGGAAUCGCUAGUUUACAUUGACAAUCCAUUGAACCACAGAUUAAGUGUGACGUAACUACUGCGUGUGCUAUCGGUUGUUUGUGUGUGUGAUUGUGAGUGAACCGAAUAAGUGAUUGUAUGAAUGCGUUUAACUUGCAAAUAAA